AUGUCAAUGAGGUACUUGUCCAGCCUAGCAGUUUGUAUCCCAAAGAUUUCAGGGGUUUGGGUCUCUAUCUUGCAGAUGAUCUGCUUGGAUGAGAAGUGGCGGCGGACAGGACCCGAGGAGCUGAGCGGGCACAAUGGCCACCCCCUGGCCCCCCUGCACUCCCGAGUGAACGGCUGGUCGUUGCCCCUCCACUCCUUCCAGGUGGUCACCCUGGGGCUCUUCGCCUACCUGGCCAUCGUGGGCUUCGGCAUCUACAUCCCUCUUCUCCCGCACGGAUGGAAGCACGCGGCCUACGCUGUGAUUGGCCUGCUUUUUAUCUAUCACUUGAUUAAUCACCUGGUCGCCGUCACGAUCGAUCCAGCGGAUCAGAAUGUCCUGGCCAAGAAAAACUACAACAAGCCCAUGCCGAUCUUUGACCGCAGCACGUGCAAGCAUGUGAUUCAGAACCAGCGCUGCUACCUUUGUGAAGUUGAAGUAGGGCCAAAAGUCAAACACUGUAGUGCCUGCAAUAAAUGCAUUGCAGACUUCGAUCACCAUUGCAACUGGCUAAAUAACUGCGUUGGAAGCAAAAAUUACUGGUUUUUCUUCAGCGCAGUGGCUUCCGCUGUUCUUGGGCUCUUCCUGCGGAUCUUGGUGGUCCUGUACGUCUUCAUCCAGUAUUUUGUGGAUCCGGGACAGCUCCGCACAGCUCCUCAGUUUGAAAGUGUUGGUGGGAAUGACACCUGGUUGGUCUUCCUUCCCCUUGCUCCGGCAGAGACCACGGCGGUCGCCAUCAUGUCUGUAGCUGCAUUAACGCUGCUGUUGGGGUUCAUUUCUUUCCUGCUGCUCGGACAUUUGCUGCUGUUUCAUCUGUACCUCUUGGGUAAGAAGUUGAGCACAUACGAAUACAUGACUCGACAUCGACCCGGAAGCAGUACUGUGGCUCAGGAAACGAAGGUGGUAGGAACAUUAGACGGAUCUAGCCGAAUGGAACCCUUACAGGUAAGAUCUCGCCGUUGUCUUCUGUCCUCCUGA